AGGAAUCACUUCCAAUCCCUCCUGUCUUUCACUUGUUUCACAGCAAGUACAAGCUCACCUCCGAAUCCCUGAACAACAUGGCACCAAAGAAGGUUGAACCAAAGAAACCUGAGCCUAAAAAGCCAGAGCCGAAGAAAGAAGCCACUCCGGCUGCUGCUGCUGCCGCCGCCAAGCCAGCACCGACCCCAGAGCCUCAGCCCGAAGCCCCUAAAGAACCCGACUUCGACCCCAAAAGCAUCACCCUUGAGUACACCCCCGACCAGAUCGAGGAGUUCAAAGAGGCCUUCACCUUGUUUGACCGCACACCGACCGGAGAGAUGAAGAUUACGUAUGCUCAGUGUGGGGAUGUGAUGCGAGCUCUGGGGCAGAACCCGACCAACGCCGAUGUCCUCAAGGUGCUCGGGAAGCCGCGGCCGGAAGACAUGAGCACCAAAAUGGUAGACUUUGAAACCUUCUUGCCAAUGUUGCAACACAUCUCCCGUGCUAAAGAUCAAGGCAACUUUGAGGAUUUUGUGGAGGGGCUUAGGGUUUUUGACAAGGAAGGCAACGGUACCAUCAUGGGAGCUGAGCUUCGUCAUGUCCUGGCAACGCUGGGCGAACGGAUGACAGAAGACGAGGUGGACAGAUUGAUGGCUGGACAGGAGGACGCCAAUGGUUGCAUCAACUACGCCUCCUUUGUUAAACACAUUCUCUCUGGGUAAACUGGACAUUUAACCACAAGGACUUAUUUUUACCUCUGGUUCAUCUAUCAUCUGGAUCCUACCUUAAUCCCUUUAGAGGUGAACAUGUCACUGAGUUAUGUGGCAGUAUUUCUAUGCCAUCAAAAGCUGCAGUUCCUGGUCAGUGAAAAAUUAACAGCGCCAAGACCUGUGAUUACUUUGUUUUAUUAAACACUGAAAUAUAUUGAGAUAGUGAAGAAAUAUGGACGUCCAUAAAGAAAAAAAAAAGUGAUUAAUAAAGAAAAUGUGGUUGCAAA